UUUAACCUUACUCAUUCUUCAUCAAAUUAAACACACAAAAAAGGCCAAGAAGAAAAAAAAACCUUACAUUACAUUUUUUUUCUCUCUCUAAAGUAUUAUUAUACACUUCAAUUCAUCAUGGUUUUUCCAAAACCAGCUUCUGAGUCUGACCUUUUUCUUCCCUAUAACUUUACCUCUCCUCAUAAUGCAGACUCUCUUCCUAGGUUCAGCAUACCAGAUAACUCAAUGCCAAAGGAAGCUGCAUACCAAAACAUACACGAUGAGUUGCAGCUGGAUGCUAUUCCAAAGUUGAACUUGGCUUCCUUUGUCACAACAUCCAUGGAAGAAGAAUGCAAUAAGCUUAUUAUGGAAUCCAUCAACAAGAACUAUGUUGACAUGGACGAAUAUCCAGCUACUACUGACCUUCAUAAUCGAUGUGUGAACAUGAUAGCACGUUUGUUCAAUGUUGAGAUUGGAGAAAAUGAGAGCGCAAUUGGUGCAGGAACAGUUGGAUCGUCCGAGGCCAUAAUGUUGGCAGGACUUGCAUUCAAGAAGAAGUGGCAGAAUAAACGCAAGGCCGAAGGCAAAUCUUACGAUAAGCCUAACUUGGUCACUGGUGCCAAUGUGCAAGUAUGUUGGGAGAAAUUUGCUAGGUAUUUUGAGGUGGAAUUGAGGGAAGUAAAUGUGAGAGAAGAUUACUAUGUAAUGGACCCUGCGAAGGCCGUUGAGAUGGUAGAUGAGAACACGAUUUGUGUGGCUGCAAUCUUAGGUUCAACUUAUAACGGAGAAUUCGAAGAUGUCAAGCUCUUGAAUGAUCUUUUGUUAGAAAAAAACAAGCAAACUGGAUGGGAUACACCUAUUCAUGUUGAUGCCGCGAGUGGUGGCUUUAUUGCUCCUUUCCUAUAUCCAGAGCUAGAGUGGGAUUUCAGACUCCCAUUAGUGAAGAGCAUAAAUGUUAGUGGCCAUAAGUAUGGACUUGUUUAUGCCGGAAUCGGCUGGGUUAUAUGGAGGACUAAAGAAGACUUGCCUGAAGACCUUAUCUUCCAUAUUAAUUAUCUUGGAGCUGACCAACCCACCUUCACUCUAAAUUUUUCAAAAGGUUCUAGUCAGAUAAUUGCUCAAUAUUAUCAGCUAAUUCGUCUUGGUCAAGAGGGGUACCGGCGUAUAAUGGAAGACUGUAGAGAAAAUGCAAUGGUGUUGAAGAAACAUUUAGAAGGGACGGGAUACUUUAACAUACUCUCAAAAGAUAACGGAGUUCCUGUAGUGGCUUUUUCUCUAAAGGACAGAAGCCAAUACGAUGAAUUCAAGAUAUCAAAGAUGCUGCGACGCCACGGUUGGGUUGUGCCGGCAUAUCCAAUGCCACCAGGUGCUGAACACAUUAAAGUGCUUCGUGUGGUCAUUAGAGCUGAGUUUUCACGCACACUUGCUGAACGCCUUGCGCUUGACAUAAAGAAUGUGUUGCAUGAGCUUCAAAAACUUCCCCUCAACAUUAAGGAUGAGAAGUCCAUGGUUGACACUGCAUUAGAAGCAAACAGGGAAAUCAUUGCUCAAGAAUCUAACAAGCGUCAGAAAAUUAUGGCUGCCUAAGGAGCCUCAAUUAAUUAACCAGUUUUUGUUCUAACUCCAACCAAAGUAGAGCCUUCAACAAUAUUUGCUUUACUUUUUCAAAUUAUUAAGCUUAUUUCAUUAUUGUUUUGUGUAACUAGAUUUUUUUGUAAUCAGUUUGAUGAAAUUUGAAUGUAUUUGAUAGAAAAAAUUGGAUAUUUGUUUUUGUUGGUCUUCUUGUUCCAUGCACUUCUUUGUGUUUGAGUUCAGAAAGUAGAUUGAUGAUAUUUAUAAAAAAAAAAUUUAAAAA